AAGUGUUAUCUUCUUCUUUCUACCUUUCUUGCACUUUCCUCAACUUCUCUCUCAUCAUUUCGCUUUGACAUCCAUCCAUCCAUCUUUCUUCUUAAGUUUUCUUCAACAUUUCAUUCCAAAUCCUCAAAAUUUCGUGUCUUUUCCGACAUAUGACUAUCAAACCUUCAUAAUUCUCAUCAUUCUUACUAUUUGUUUCAUCAUGUCUGAAGAACAGAGCAAUUUUCCCAACAACAAUUGGAAUUCUGCAAAUUAUGGUGUACAAAUCAAAUUCAAUCAGCUUAAUUGUGUUUCCCCAUACUUUUACAACCCUAGUUUGGAUAAUUCAUUGGAUCAGAACGAUCCCUUUGAAUCUACACUCAGUUCCAUUGUUACUUCUCCAAACGCCGCCGGCAAUGGAGGCGGGAAGACCAUCGUGCUCAGUGAACUAGUUGAUAAAUUGGGUGGUUCCAUUAGCGGAAACUUGCCAAGGGUUGAUCAUCAUCAUCAUCAGAAUCAGAUCAGUGGGAAUUUCCAAAUUCCAGACAGUAAUUUGACUGCCCGUCAAAUAUCUGUCCCAUUUGCAGCCAAUUUUUCAUGUUUCAACAAUAAUUUGAGUGGGAAUCCACGAUUUGGGAUGAAUGGGAAUGAGUUUUCUCAUAAAUUGGAGGAACCCAUAAGCCAAUUUGGUAAGAUUGGUGGAUCCCAAAUUGGAGGAGAAGAUAGACAGAAAUUAGCUACGGAAUUUGUUGAUUCAAGAGAGGGAUCUUCAGUUUCUUAUCAGAUCUCGGGUGGGGAAAAUGGAAAUGCCAGAAAGAGGAAAUCAGUUGCCAUAGGAAAAUCACUGGUUAAUAAGAACAAUUCAAAUGGCAAGAGAAACAAGGAGGCAAAUGAAGAUGAUGAAGAAGAUGAAGAUGCAAAGUCAGAAGCAGCUAAUGAUAAUAAGAGCAAUUCAAAGCCUCCUCCAACAGACUUUAUUCAUGUCAGAGCUCGAAGGGGGCAGGCUACUGACAGCCAUAGUCUUGCUGAGAGGGUCAGGAGAGAAAAACUUAGUGGAAAAAUGAAAUUCCUGCAAGAUCUUGUACCAGGUUGCAAUAAGGUGACUGGAAAAGCUGUAAUGCUAGAUGAGAUAAUAAAUUAUGUGCAGUCAUUACAGAGACAAGUUGAGUUUCUUUCAAUGAAAUUGACCACUAUUAACCCGAGGAUGGAUCUAAACUUGGAAAAUUUUCUCUCAAAAGAUAUCUUCACUUCAAUGUCACAGAAUCAAUUAUCAGGAUUGCCCCCUUUUGCAUAUGGAUUUCAAUAUUCAAAAGGAUCUGGAGACAUUGCUUCUUCUUCUCAGAUGACUAGAAUUUGGAAUGAUGAUGAAGAAGAACUCCAGGGGGAGAACCUGUUUCAGAAUGUUCAAUGUGAGUGAUAAUAUAUUUCUCUGAAAAAAAGUACAUUUGAUUUUCAUAAUGUUAACAAAUUAUUGUCUCUUGUUUUCAGAUUAAUUUCUAGAUUAUUUUAAAGUGAUGGGUGGGUUUACUAAACGUGGGCACAACCAAGAACACCCUGAGUUUGAUUCUUUAAUUAAACAUUCAGACUGUAAAUUUAUUUGGAAGUCAUCAUAGGAACUUGUGUAAGAUAAGAUGAUAAUAUGAUAAUAUGCUUCUUUUCUUCAAAAACUAAUUAUGUACGAAUUAUUAAUAAUUUUUUCAAGUUUAUUAUUUUUGUA